AUCGGAUAAGAGCUCGUAUAGCUUAUUGCGACAUCGCAAACAAAAAUCGGCUUAGGAAUAUCAGUAAUUUUCAAUUGACAACCAAAAUGUUCAGACUUGGGGUUCGUACGUUUGCGACAACAGCUAGGAGAGCUGCGGAGACGAUUGCGCAAAUGGAAGCUCCAAAUCAGUACGGGAUUGGAGUCUCGAAAGCCCAGGGCAUUGUGAAGGGCUUGACUGGAGCAAUUGGAAAUACACCAUUAAUUCGUCUGAACCAUAUCUCCGAUGCGACUGGAUGUGAAGUGCUAGGAAAGGCAGAGUUCAUGAACCCAGGUGGUUCAAUCAAGGACCGAGCUGCAUUAUACGUUGUCAAGGAUGCCGAAGAGAAAGGUCUUUUGAAGCCAGGCGGAACCGUUGUUGAAGGAACAGCUGGAAAUACCGGAAUUGGCCUUGCACACGUCUGCAGAUCCAAAGGCUAUAAGCUGGUUAUCUAUAUGCCAAACACGCAAUCGCAAGGCAAGAUUGAUCUUUUGAGACUCCUCGGUGCAGAGGUCUACCCGGUACCUGCAGUGGCGUUUGACAAUCCGGAGAAUUACAACCAUCAAGCGAAACGACAUGCAGAUAGGUUAGACAAUGCGGUAUGGACGAACCAGUUCGACAAUAUUGCGAAUCGGAGAGCACACAUUGAGACGACUGGGCCGGAGAUUUGGCAUCAAACGAAAGGGAAGGUGGAUGCUUUUACAUGUGCUACAGGUACUGGCGGGACCUUGGCUGGUACAACAAGAUAUCUGAAGACGGUCUCCGACGGAAAAGUCAAAUGCUACCUUGCAGAUCCACCUGGAAGUGUCCUUCAUUCCUACAUUGAGUCAGGCGGAAAGCAUGUAGAGCGUAGUGGAUCGAGUAUUACAGAAGGAAUUGGCCAAGGUCGUGUCACAGACAAUUUGCAACCUGAUAUCGACUUACUAGACGGAUCGAUAAAUAUAAGCGAUGAAAAGAGUAUUGAGAUGGUCUAUCGAUGUUUAGAUGAGGAAGGACUGUACCUUGGUGCGAGCUCGUGCUUGAAUGUAGCUGCAGCAAAAGAGGUUGCCGAAAAGCUGGGAAGAGGCCACACAGUGGUGACCGUCCUGUGUGAUGGAGCAUAUAGAUACGCGGACAGAUUAUUCUCCAAGAAGUGGUUGACAGAGAAGAGCUUGAUCGGAGCGAUACCGAAGCAUCUAGAGAAGUAUAUAGUACUUCCUUGAUACGUUGUAUGUUAUUACAUGCUGUACAAAAUCUACAGAG